CAUGCCCUUAUACCGUUUAACACUCCAGGUCCACCUUCAAGACACUGGGCUGUGGAUCAACCAAACCAAGACCCAUUUUGACAGGUUCUUUUGGAGGAGCUUCUUCUUUUUUUUUAACCCAUCUCUUUACACAAAAUGGCACCAAAGAAGGAUGUGAAGAAACCUGCUGCUGCCCCUGCCCCAGCACCGGCACCUGCACCUGCCCCAGCCAAACCCAAAGAGGAAAAAAUUGACCUCUCUUCCAUUAAGAUCGAGUUCUCUAAGGAACAGCAGGAUGAAUUCAAGGAGGCAUUCCUCCUGUUUGACCGAACAGGUGAAAGCAAGAUCACCUUAAGCCAGGUCGGUGAUGUCCUUAGGGCCCUGGGCACAAAUCCCACCAAUGCAGAGGUCAAGAAAGUUCUGGGAAAUCCCAGCAAUGAAGAGAUGAAUGCCAAGAAAAUUGAGUUCGAACAAUUUCUGCCCAUGAUGCAAGCAAUUUCCAACAACAAGGACCAGGGUACCUAUGAAGAUUUUGUUGAGGGUCUGCGUGUGUUUGACAAGGAAGGCAAUGGCACAGUCAUGGGCGCUGAACUCCGCCACGUUCUAGCCACCCUGGGUGAAAAGAUGAAAGAGGAAGAAGUGGAAGCCCUGAUGAAGGGUCAAGAAGACUCCAAUGGAUGCAUCAACUAUGAAGCUUUUGUUAAGCAUAUCAUGUCUGUCUGAAUGGAGCACUCAAGAACAAGCAUUGUUUAAGAAGACUGACUGGAAGCUUAUUUUAAUCACACCCAUUACUGUCCAGAUCUGGUUACCAUCAUUCAGAAAAAAAAAAUCUGGACUGUUCGAGACUGAAGGACUCCCUGAAUUUUUAUAUACCUUGAGUUUCUCCUGAAUUAUAUUCAUACCACACAAACCAGUGUCUGCUGCUCUAGUCAAGAAGAAUAAAAUAUUGACAAUCUCAAAUCUAAAUCUAAGCACCACUCUUUAUUAUCUACUAUGGGUCAACAAACAUACUUAAAAUCACUUAACAAUAAACAAUUCUGGUCAGUCUGGAA